GCAAAAUCGUAAAUACAAGCAAAAUUAUAAAUCCAAUUUCCCAAAGAAGGGAGUUUUGAUCGUCUCCUUCAUUCCCUUCUAGGGUUUUGAUCUCCAUGGCCGGCCGGAAUCGAGGGCCGCCGUAUCCCAUUAAGGGCGGCGCCGGCCACGAGCCGCCGCCAUUCCCCCGUGGCAUGGGCCACCCGCACCAUCGUCCCAUGCUACCCUCUCUAAUUGACGAAAUGCGCGAUGGCCCGCCACCGCCAUUCCCCCGUGGCGUCCUCGGCGGAGGGGGGCCGAGAGGGCUCCCCCCGCACCCCGCCGUGUUGGAAGAGAGGCUCGGCGCGCAGCACCAGGAGAUCCAGGCCCUUCUUGUUGACAACCAGCGCCUCGCUGCCACCCAUGUUGCUCUCAAGCAGGAGCUCGCCGCGGCGCAGCAUGAGCUCCAACGCUUGUCUCAUGGCAUCUCGACCUUGCACUCCGAGAAGGACUUGCAGCUCCGCGAGGUGUAUGAGAAGUCGAUGAAAAUGGAGGCGGAGCUGAGAGGAGUGGAGGCGAUGAGAGCGGAGCUUAUUCAGAUACGAGGGGACAUCCAGAAGUUUACCGCAGCGAGGCAGGAGCUUAUGGGGCAGGUGCAAGGGCUCACCCAGGACUUAUCACGGGUCUCGUCGGACGUUCAGCGUGCUCCAGCUUUGAAGGCGGAGAUUGAGACCAUGAAGCAAGAAGUGCAGCGGGCGAGGGCUGCUAUUGAGUAUGAAAAGAAGGGUUAUGCUGAAAAUUAUGAGCAAGGUCAGGUCAUGGAGAAAAAUUUGAUUACAAUGGCGCGCGAGGUGGAGAAGCUGCGUGCAGAGGUUGCCAAUGCCGAGAAGAGGGCACGAGCUGCGGCAGCUGCUGGGAAUCAAGGAUCUGCAGCUGCUCCUGCAGCUUAUGGUGGGAAUUAUGGAAAUCCUGAUCCAAAUUAUGGAGGAAAUCCUUAUCCUGCUGGCUAUGGCAUGAAUCCGGUUCCUGGAAGUGUUGAGGGUGCUCCUCCUUAUGGAGCUGGAUCUGGGCAUGGUUCUUGGGGUGCAUAUGAUCCACAGAGAGCUCUUGGUCGCAGGUAGAGACGGGGCUUGUUUUGGACCUUGCAUUGCUUAGGUGCUCGGAUGCAACAUAAUUGCUACCUACGCUGUAUCUGAAGGUUUUCAAUCUCAAAUGAAAUCUCAAGAGGCUGAUUUUGAUUAUAGAUGUGUGUAUUAAUUUUUUUGAAUUUCAGUUGGUGACUGUUGAUGAAUAGAAUCUACUAUAUAUUUUCAUAUAUGUCUUAACAUUUUUGCCUCAUUUUAAUUAUGUACAGUUUAAUUUUCAUCUGGAUACAAAUUAAUUCUUUUGGAGGCCUUGUUGUUUA